AUGGACGAGUCUGAAGCGCCGAUUCCGGACUUGUCAUUGACCUCAGACACCGUGCCAGUACUGGUGGGCGGUGAUUCUGCCCUCGGCGGAAUUCAGCUCUGUCCAGCGCUUCUUCUCGGCAGUCCUCAGGUCUUUUUUGCUCUAAAACCUUGAAUAUGUGAUGCUUGUGCUUAGGCUCUACCUGGUGCUUCCAAACACAUCUACAGUCGCCUGGCCGCCGCCGCCUCAGAAGUUGACCAAGGCGUUCCGGAUCUCAUCUUUUGUCUGACUUCUCAUGGCAACCAACUUUCCACGAAAGUAUGAAAACCUUAUAGUCUCUCGUCAUCAUUUUGUGUUUGAAGUAUCAAGCAACUCUGGAAAAUGCUAUCGCGCCGUUUUUGAAAGGCUGCGGCGUGUGGCUGAUCUCCUCCGGAGAAGUUUCGGAUCCAUUGGCUCGAGUCGCCAGUGCCACGAUACGCAAUGUCUUGCCUCAGGUUUGAUCAACAUUUUUCCGAAGGUAUGUAGCCUGGGGAAAAGGAGUAUUUAAUGUUCGAAUUCCAAUUUCGUGAAGCCUUUCAUGCAUUUUCCACUUCAUACUGAAAACUUCACAAAAUUAGAAGAUAGUGUGGAUCCUCUGAUGAAGAUUAGUUUGUUCCCUUGUAAAAAAUCAAUUUUAAAAAAUUAAUAAUCAUCUUAUCUUUAAUUUUUGCUUUAUUUUUUAUAUUUCCGUUUUUAUUUUAGAUUCAUCUUUUUUUUUUUAGUUUUUCUGUUCUUUUCUCGGUAUUCAUAUACAAAAUUUCAAUUUAUAAUUUGGCAAUUCCUUCAGCAUCUCUGUGCAUUUCAGUAGAAAUAUUUUAGAAAAUUGUUUUCUGUGCGAUUGAUUACAAGUCGCCCAUUCCAAAUGCCAAGAAAAAAAGUUCAAAACUUCCAAUUCCCUUUACUUUUCAGUUGGAGCAUAGCGCAGAAGUUCUCCACGUGGUCGUCAACUCAGACGCCGUCAUUGCCCAUCACGGCUGCGCAAAUGACGUCGCCAACGUCGUGGACACGUCACUAAACACACUUCUGAUGCUGUGUCGAGGCGAAGUCGGAGAUGGAAUUGCCAAGCUUCGAGCUUCUGCCGCUGUCAAAUUGGCGCAUCCUCCUCCAGGUUCCUCAGAAUCCUUACCAAAAACAGCAUUUGCUUUUCUCUAGCCCUGCUGAUUGGAGUUCCAUCUGAAGCAAUGUCGCCGUCGUCAGGAAAUCCACAGUCGGCUCCGAUUCUCUUGUCUCCUUCAAAUGACAAACGGCCUCUGCCUGUAGCUAUUUUCGCCGGUAAUUCCUAAGACUUAUUUCUCUUCAUUUUUUUUUUUCGCAGGGGCUUCGAAGCAAUCUUUGCAAGAACUGUUAGUCUACGUCGAGAACGGCGUGCCGGUCAUCGUCCUUCAAGACAGCUGCGAGCUGUGCGCUCUACUGCACUCCUGUGCUUUGCUACUCGACUCGGCCAACUUCUCACAUUCGCGGUUCGUCGACUGGCUCCGCGAACAGACGACGUUGAUCGACCUCCCUGGAGCAGAUCAUCUCAUCGUCAAGAUCUUCUCCGUGUCCAAUGCCGGCGACACUCGGCUUCUCGAGUUUAUAGACGUUAGAAAGGCCUGUCGAAUGGGAGUUUUUGUUGAUGAAUCUUGGUCUUAUUUUCAGCUGCACGACCUGACGUCGAUGGUGGUCGACCGUUGUCUGGACUGUUACACGCCCACUGGGGAGGACAGACAGGUCCUGAUGCUCGCCGCCAAACUCAACACUCCAUCGGUUCUGGCCGCCAUGGACAUGGCCUCUCAGCUCGACGAAGAAGUUUGUCUUAAAGUGAAGCUUUGAAAAAGAGUCGUAUCCUACAAAAACCCUAUUUUGCAAAAAAAAAAAUAGGGCGUUCUUCAAAAUACUAGCUGAGGAAGUUUUGUGAGUUUUAGAUUGCAGAUCUAAUUCUAAAUUCUAUGGUAGUUAAACCUUUGCCAAGGCUACUGAAAAAAGGAAAACCAGCAGCUAAGGAUACUUAAAAGGAAGGCUUUUUAACAAAAAUUUUAGGUAUGUCGCUCAGAAUUCUCUCUUAUGAAGGAACAGUCACCAGUAAAUGACAGAUUCUCGGAUUUUUCAGCUGUUGACCUUGAUCCUGUGCGAAUGCGUCAGCAAGGACGAUCAGCUGAACUUCUUGUCCUCGGUUCUGCAGUUGAACCCUCCGAUUCGAGUGACCUCCAACAUGCUCAUUCGCAUGAUGCAUCACGCCGACGAGGUUAUCUGAGAAUUUCUCGUUGAGUCGAAAUUUCUUCGUUUCAGCACUUUUUCACAGCGAUCGUCCUUUGCCAAUGCAUGGGCUACUCCUUCAUUCCGACAGAAGUCAACGGACAAUUUGCCUCUGACGUUGAAAAUCUUGUGGUUGCAUCCUUUUGAAAGCGAAAAUUCGAAAGCCGUCUUCAGAAGCGGCUAUCUUUUGGAGUUGAUAAUCUGUUUCCGAGCAACGCCUUCUGCAAUGACCUGCCUCAAAGGGACAAUGACGAAUCGAUCAAAAUAUUGGCGGUACGUCUCAAAGCUUGAGAAGUUAGUUUUGAAGAAAACUUGAAGAUCUGGAGCCUGUUGCUGCAUAGACCUAGCAUCGUCCAGUGUCUGGCGGCGUUUGCCGAAGAACCGAUCGCUUUCGGACUCGUCUUGUCGAGGAUCGCCAAGUCCUUAGCUCACGAAGUUGGUCGUUGAACAUUUUCCAAUCAAUGGAUUCCAUAGAGUCACGACUGGUACUUCUACGAACAAUCGCUGAACACCUUGUCGACGUCGCUGGCCGACUCGGCGACGCAGCUUCUCGACGUCGUCUACAAGUCUUCGCCGGCGAAGGCCUACCAACUGCUUUGCCAGCCCAUCGAUACAUUUUACGGCUACAACGUCACACAGCUUGCUUUUCAGGUACUUUCCAAUCAAACUUCCAAAACAGUCUUCUCUUGAGAGUUGAACUUGUAUAAGAUAUCGAAAAAGACCUCUUUCUGAGUUCUAGUUUGCAGUGCAAUGCUCGAAACUUGAUCGCCCACGAAUGUUGCCAACGCUGGCUGCACCGGAAGCUCUACGGCAACUUGCAGGCCCACAAUUCCCCUGCAAUAAUUCCAAAGUGGCUCAAGAUCAUAAUUUCAGGUAUUUGUCUCUUGAGUUUUCUCGAAUGAUGACGAUUUUCAGCGGUUUUCUUGAUUCCGAUUCGAUUCCUCAUGCUCAUUCGACCAAAGUCGGCAUCAGGGUCAAAAACAGAGCAAGUGCGAAUUUCUCCCACAGUCGCUUUGCUGGACGCAGGUCGACAGCCCAAAAGAACCAGGGCCAUUUCCACGUACAGGUCGGCUCAAUUUUCGAAAACUAGAACGUUUGUAUGGGCUUCAAGGUUUUAAGAAGGUAGCUUUAUAUUUUAUUCGAAACUUCAUAAUUUUCUCAAAUUGGAUAGAGCUCCUAAAAGUCGGAACCUGUGAAACAUCCUAUUUUGGGAAAAAAGCUUCCAUUUUUUCGCACGGUGUUUAGAAAAACUACCUUCCGUCCUCUAAAAAAGUUGUAUGUUGCUUAAUCUUCCUAUUUUUAUUUUCGGUAAAUCCUGAAAUUAGAUUUAUUUUUAAAAGCUAAGAAACUACAAAAAAGUCUUCACAGGACCACGGAAGAUCUUUCAUUUCCACAAAAAGCUUCAAAAUGUUUUGGAAACAGUUUUUAAAUUGCUUGCUUUCAGUGUGAUUUCCUCCAGAAGCGAAGCUCUCACAGCUAUCACUGCACCUCUUUCGACCACACUAGGGUUUAACUCUGGUAAUUCUCUCUUCCUGAAGUUGGUCUUCAACCUGUUCUUCAGCUUUUGGUGGCGGAGCAGAUUCAGCGACCCCUCAGUCAAUGGUUUUCCCUCUGAACAUCGAGGACAUCGACGGAGAUCGAACUUUCGUCAAGAAGUCCAAGAUCAGAAGAGCUGCGGCGCCGUCGCUUUCGACCUUCUACUCGACCCCGAUAGUCAAGUACUGGCUGUCGCUUCUCUUCAGAAUCCUCUUCAUUGUCGGACUCGCCUAUUCGGUAUUUAUUUCAUCCUUCUCCGUGGACCUUUCUGAUUUCAGGCACUUCUGCCCGGUUGCGGCUCCAACGUGCUGGACACGGUCUUCUGGGUUUGCUCGUUCUUCUGGUGGAUCGAGUCGGUCUAUGUUCUGGCAGUUCAGGCUCAACGGAUUCCUCUUUCACUGAUGCCUUGGCGGGUUUCUUACCAUCUGUUUUCCAAUUUUGAUCACUGUCCUUCAGGUUUUUGACGUCGUUGCGAUGUUCAUCUUUUUGAUACUGUUAUUGUUCCUGAGAGUUUUUCCUAUCGAGCCUAUCCUAGAUGUUUUGGUUGGUCAUUUCAUUCUAUUUUUCUGAUUUGUUCUUUUUUUUUCAGCAAAUCCACUCGAUAUACCCUGCGAAAGUGAUCUCCUCGUUCUUCGUGCUUUACGUCUCCUACUCCACCCUGUUCUUCUACAUUCCACUGUCUGAAAUAUUCGGUCCAAUGGUGGUCCGAGUGAAGUUGAUGCUCCUGCGGGACUUCACCAACUUCCUUUUCAUGAUCGCCUUGGUCAUGCUCAGGUACGAAGUUUGAAAAAUCGAUUAGUUGAAUAAUUUCUCGAAGAAGGACUGUCACAUUGAAACUCUGAUUAAACUUACAAGUAGGGACCGCAAAGCCACGCCCCUUUUCGCGAUAGAAAAAGUGGCUUUUUUUUGGUUUUCAACCUUCAUUUUGUUGUAGUUGCAAAAUAUGAGGAACUGGCUAAUAAAAUUUGACACAUAUGUACAGAAAAGCUUCCUCUUUCGUUUAAAAAAUAUUUCAAGCUUUUUUGAUGCGUUCUCGCGGAAUGUCGUACAGAAACGUGAAUGGAACUAAAAAAACUUUGUCAUUUUUUUGCUUUUUUUCAUGUCUUUUUCAGGUCGAACGCACUUUUUUUCUUUUUUUAAAUAAUGAUUUUUGAUUCAAGUAACGGUAAUUUUAAAACAAUAAAAUAAAAAAUUCGUCUUUGCCAAAAAUUUACGAGGCCGUUUUAAGGCAGCGAUCGUUAAACGAGGCAAAAAGCACUAAAAAACAGUUUUUUUCGAAUGAAUUUCCACGAAAAGUUUGAGUAUAGAUUUGCGAACAUAUUCUGAUAAAAAUAGCUAAAUUACUUCAAGCUUUUAUUUUUGAAAUAGGCAAUCUGUGCUAUGCAAACGGCUCAAGGGUAUGGCGGAUGGAAGCUCCCCUUGCCAGACCUGACAGCUUGGCGCAGCGCGUGCGCUGCGAUUUUUCAUUUUAAGGUCGCGAGUUCGAUGCCCGCAAGAGCCAGUUUUUUGUUUUCUGGAAAAUACCGACUUUUUCGGCGAACUAGCUGAUUAGCAUCAUUUUAGCACUUCAUUAUGAUUUGUUACAUCAUAAUAGACCAGUGUCAAAACUUGUUCUAGAAGAAAAAUCGAGAAAAAUGUCAAAAAUGGAUAAUACCAAAAUUUCAGUACUAAAAAAAUGGUGCGCGGCGCGUCACAUUUUUCGUCAUAACUUUUUUCAUCCUCAAUCUUUUUUGAAAAACUAAACGGUUCUGAGUUUUGAAUCGAAACAGCUAUCAAACCAUACAAAGCUCAAUGCUGAAAAAAAUUUUUUGAAAAUUCGUCUGCGGUCCCUACUUACAAGAUAUAAUCAUCUCCAAGGCUUAUUUUCAAUCAAAAAAGAUUUUCAUACUAUUUCUCGCAUCGAGAAAUGAUGAAAAUUGAACUCACUUCGUCCUAGUUUUAUUUCGCCCUAUCUCUGACUUCAGAUAGUUGUUUGAACUCAUCUUCUCCAUUAAACUUUCAUAGAUCAGUAUUCUCUUCGUGCUGUUUUUUUUUUUACUUUUUUAAUCAAUUUAUCGAGCCAAAGUGAAAAUGCUUGAAACUUUUCAAUGCAUUUUUGAAGACAAGAAAUCGCCCUCGAAGCUGUUUGAAAAACCGAUACGGCUGCGUUUUAGUUCAUAAAAUUUCCAUCCUAAGCCAAUUUCAUCCAAAUAUGUUGCCAAAUUCGAAUUUCAAAAUUCAAAGCGUAAAGUUGGUUUCAGCAGCGCAGUGGCGAUUCAAGGAGUCGUGUUUCCCGACCGACAGCUCACCUUUGAAGUCGCCAAAAAGAUGCUCUCCUGGAUUUGGCUCAGUCUUUUCACCACUGAUCUGUCAAGUCAGUUCGUCUUGAUAUCAGUUCAAAAGCUUUCUCUAGUUCGAAUAAUUGAAUGAAAUCAUUUUAAAAAUGGCGUCCAAAGGGAAUAUUUGAGGUAUUAGCAUAUCAGAUUGUAGAGAUUAUCUCAUUCAGUCAGCGUUGUGUUGAAAUAUUUAGUCAAACAAUUGCGAUCUUAAUAUUGCCGAGGCAACUAUUUUUAAAUUGAAUAGUUUCUGAACUUCUGUUUUCGAACUUAACUCUUAUUAAAUUAAUGUUUUAUCUUGAUCUUUUCAAGUUAUUUGAUGCUAUGAAGUUACUGUGAGUGAUACCCUUCGAUCGAAAAGUUGUAAGAAAGCUGUUCAAGGGGAAAAAUGCUCCAGUUUGUAGUCAAUACCACGCUGUUUACGUGGCCUGUUUGUUAUAUUUUUCUCGGAUAUUCAACGGGCUUAAUUCUUCAAUAAAUUCUGCAAAAAAAAAGCUUUUUGACUUGCUGAGCAAUUUUCCCUCUGUUUGAGAUUUGGAAGAGUCGGACACAUGCCGCAAGUCCUUCCUGGGGUCUCCGAAGCAGUACUGCUCGGCGGUCGGAGGACACGCCAAUCCGACUUGUCCUGCACAGACUUGGCCGGCCUAUCUCGUCGUCAUCGAGUACUUCGUCCUGCUCAAGGUUCAUUCGUUUCUCCUCUCUCGCGAAACUUGUCUCCUCAGCUUCUCCUGUGGCCGAUUCUCUUUGCUUUCUUUGCCAAGACCGCGAAAAGUGUCGACGAUGAAGCGGACAAGAUCUGGCGUUUCCAACUGUACACUCUUGCCGAAGACUUCAGGUACAGAAUUAAUCAGUCAGAAGAUUCUCAUGUCUUGAAUAAUUUAUAUGAACCAAGUUUAGUUUCUCAGCUCUUGAGAAAGAGAUGUGUAAAUACUUAAAAUGAUUUAAAAAUGUGGUCAAGUGCGAAAUCGUUAUCUUAUGCCCAUAUAUUCAACUUCAAUGCAAGAAUCUUUUUAAUAAACACUUUUUUGCUGACUUUUCUGAAUUUCACUUCUUUCCUUUUCUUUCCGUCACUUUGUAUAACUUUUAUCUCCAUCCGUCCAUCUUCUGAAGAACUUUCGAGCGAGAAGUCUCGAUGUUUUCCUCGUAUCUCCAACUGAGAAGUCUUUCAGACUCCGAGCCCCCCUGCCGCCGCCGUUGACGUUGCUCUGUGUCCUGUGCACUGCCUGCUGUCGAAUGACCGGCUCUCUUUCCGGCGUUUUCGCCUACGACCAUCCUGACAUGGACUCCCACAAAGACAGGUAACUUCCGUGCCAAGGGUUCAUUCCCAUAGGAAGUUUGAAGUUUCCUGGAUAUUUGCUAUACUUUCUGUUGAGGUCUAGAUGAAGAUCUUUCAUAGUGGCCACCUGGGCAAACUUCUAGUUCUGGAUGUAUAAAGCAUUGAAGUUCGCCCUCAACUUAGAGAUCAGCCUGAAAUCAAAUGUUUGCAACAUUCAAAUUUUUUUUUGCAGAACUAAAACUUUUCACAAGUCGCAACUAAGAAUGAUUUUCAUGUAUAACUUUGAAGAACAUUUGAGCAAAUUCUCGAAAAAUUCCAAACUUGACACUAAAAUGACCUCCCGUGUUCUCUCUGUUUUUUUUUUGCAUACUUACGAUUUGCAGACAUCGUUCGACUUGGCGGUUCGGCUCCAUCUACCGUAACCCAUCGGUUCCUUUCAAAAAGAACUCCUUCUCCAAUUCGUUUUGGAGACGGUUUCUGAUACUCGUUUCACCGUUUAUUUAGUUUAUUUUCAGGUUAUCGAUUGACAGGUGGCGAGCAAAGAACCAAAAGUCCAAAGCUUCUUCAGAAGAGCUCGACGAACUUGGAGCUCUCCAUGUUAGAAUUCUUUCAUUUCUGAAACAUUGGCCGUAUUCAGAAUUAUUUACGACUGAUGACUUUGCGUUCUGCGUACGAGAAGACGAGCUCCACGGCUUCUUCCGAACGGAUGACGAUGCCUUAUCCUAAUUCUGACGUUUUGCGAGUAGUAAUUACGCGAGAUCAGCGGCCUUGGGACGUCCUUCUGCCUAAGUAUUUACAGAAUCGUCUCUCAACUUCUCAUUCCCUUGCUGUUAAGGUACAAUCCUCCGUUCUUCUGCAAAGCCGUAGAACAGUUCCCCAGCGACAUUCUCAAACACGUCGACGUCGCUUCUGAACAGGUUUUCUCGUUUCUGUAGGCUUGAACUCCAGUUCUCGCAGAACGUUUCCGAGCUCCGGCGUUUCUGGCGGAGUCGCCAGACCUUGGACUUCGCUACAGCCGGUCCCAACACAAAGUCGUGGGCUCUAUCGGCAGCCGGCUUCCCUCUCAACCCUAAUGGACGCAGAGGUUUGAACUUUGCUGCUACGUUGAAAUCAUUGUGUAGUAAAACUUCCUUGUGGAUUCCCAAUUGAAAAUCCAACAAAGUACUUGUUGAACGCAUGUCGCAAUUGGAGGUGGCAGCAAAUCGAAAACGAAUUCUGUUUGGCACUCGAAAGUUUUGUUCUCCCAGAAAUGAAUUUUGAAAAGUGCUUUGAGUCGAUGUAUUGUUUCUGAAUGGAUUUCAAAACAAAUAACACAUUACUGAUCGCCCAAUACCCAGUUUACACACUCUGUCAAAAUUUUGAAACAAAACAUGUUUGAAAAGUGACAAGUUUGUGAUCGCUUCGCGACAGCGUUGCAUAAUGAUCGCUAGAAGGGAGACGCUCGAAAAAGGCCGCAGAAAAGCAGCAAAGACAGUCUCUUUAUCGUGCCUUCAUUUUUAUAUGUUUUAAAGGCGGCCAGAGAACACAGCUCUGUAAAAAUGGAUGAAAAAGCAGAUGCAAAAAUAUCAGUCGUGAUCAAUAGGAAUCGCUGGCCGCGGCAAUCAUCCAAAGUUUGGGGCAAACCGACGUUGUUUCUACGUCAUCCUCACGGGAACAAGAAGUGCAGAUGCCAAGGUCUACUCUCAUUUUCAUUGUUUUUUUUAAAUAAAAAUUUCAGGUUCUGGUGGACAACAACCGAUCGUUACCAAAUGAGUGGCAUCUGGAGCAGAAUUCGAAAGACGAACAUCUCGCUUCGAUUCUCAAGUCGGUGGGAGUCAGCGACGUCGACGCCCAGGUCGGACUGAACUUUUCAAUGAAUUUAUGAAUAAUAAACUAUUUUAGGAUAAACAUUUUUUUGUAUAUAAAGUUAUUUACAAAACAAUUUUUUUACGAUAUAUAAAUAAAAUAAUAACACGAAAAGAUUCGUUCUCACCUCAAGAAACUCACCUUUUUGUAAUCCCGGCAUGAAUUUUUUUAAAAAAAUUAUUAUCUCCAGAUUCUGAAAAGUUCCUUAAAGUUGAUGAAGUCGAUUUUUAUCAUAAAACUGAAAAUUUCGAGAAAAAAAGUUUUUCUUUCUGUUGUUUUUUUAGAAGAGAUUUCCAAUACUAAAGAAAGUUAAGCAAAAGUAAUGUUGUCGUUUAUUAACAAAUCACUACUGUUACUUGGCUGACACUCAGUAUUUUUUUUAGUAGCCAUCGUUUUUGGAGUAUGUUGAAAUUUACUCUAUUCAACAUGAAAUUCGACGAGAAGUUUAAUUUUAAGAAUAAACUUGCGAUAAACUCACAGAUUAUAUUCGUUAAUCUUUACCGGAGUCGCUGUUUCAGAUGUUCUCGAUGCGAAGACUGGACAGUUCGCUGGUGUCUGUUGGAGAGACGAUGCCGGUCAACGACACGAGUCCCGCUCACCUGGCCAGCGAACUCGUGGAGACCGACGACGACACCGACAACGCCUGGGCCGAGCACGACGUCUGGGCCGUCUCUCUCAGGUCGGUAGAGCGGAGAAGUCUCGAAAAAUCGAGCUUCUGAUUCUUUUUCAAUGAUGUUUCAACUUGCGACUCAGCCAGAUUUUAGAGAUCGACGCAUCUUGACGAACGUCAUCGGAUUCUCGUGGUGUCCCAUUGGCUCCGCGCAGAAUACCCUGCCGGCGGCGCAGACGGCGCACGUCUCCAGGGCCACCAACGUCUACUCGAUCACUCGGUAG